GGUAAUAAAUGCAGGGAAGAGCAACGCACAAUGAGAUCAAGCCAGCUGUGAAGUCCUCUUUGUCAAGAAGAAAGCUGGAGGCGCUAAUUCUACACCAAACAAGAACUCUUCAACAAAACGGAGGUCAUCGCUGCCCAAUGGAGAAGGUCUCCAGCUGAAAGACAAUUCGGACACAGAUGGGAUCAACCUGUACUACUGGUCCCUGUUUGAUGGACACGCUGGGUCGGGGGCAGCUGUGGUCGCUUCCAAACUGCUGCAGCACCAUAUCCUGGAGCAGCUGCAGGAGAUCGUGGACAUCCUGAGGAACAUGACGGUCCUCCCACCCACCUGCCUGGGAGAGGAGCCCGACAACGCGGCCACAAACAGCAGGACGCUGACACGGGCAGCCUCCCUGCGUGGUGGUGUGGGUGCCCCAGGCUCACCCAGCACCCCUCCAACACGCUUCUUCACCGAGAAGAAGAUCCCACACGAGUGCCUGGUUAUUGGGGCCAUAGAAAGUGCGUUCAAGGAAAUGGAUUUGCAAAUUGAACGAGAGAGGACCGUGUAUAAUAUUUCUGGCGGCUGCACAGCCCUUGUGGUGGUGUAUUUAUUGGGGAAGCUUUACGUGGCAAAUGCUGGUGAUAGCAGGGCUAUAAUAAUCCGAAAUGGCGAAGUCAUUCCAAUGUCUUCAGAAUUCACUCCAGAGACUGAACGCCAGCGACUUCAGUAUCUGGCUUAUAUGCAGCCCCACUUGCUGGGAAAUGAGUUCACACAUUUAGAGUUUCCACGGAGGGUGCAGCGUAAGGAAGUUGGAAAGAGGAUGCUCUACCGUGACUUCAACAUGACUGGCUGGGCAUACAAAACCAUUGAGGAAGAUGACUUGAAGUUUCCCCUUAUAUACGGAGAAGGCAAGAAGGCUAGAGUUAUGGCAACGAUUGGAGUGACCCGAGGACUGGGAGACCAUGACCUGAAAGUGCACGACUCCAAUAUAUACAUCAAACCUUUCCUGUCCUCAUCUCCCGAGGUGAGAGUCUAUGACCUCCUGCAGUAUGAGCAUGGGCCAGAUGACGUUCUCAUCCUAGCUACUGAUGGACUCUGGGAUGUGCUGUUAAAUGAAGAAGUGGCAGAAGCUGUCACUAACUUUCUACCAAACUGUGACCCCGAUGAUCCCCACAGGUACACGCUGGCGGCGCAGGACCUGGUGAUGCGAGCCAGGGGAGUGCUGAAGGACCGGGGCUGGCGAAUAUCCAACGACAGGCUGGGCUCUGGAGAUGACAUCUCUGUCUACGUCAUCCCUUUAAUACAUGGGAACAAACAGUCGUGA